AUGGGCCGAACGCAACCGUCCGUUGGGCAGCCACCGGCGGCCUUUCGGAAAGCCGCCCGAGCCAAGAAGGCCAAGGUCACCCUCAAUCAGCUGAUUCCAUCACUCCUCCCUACGCACCCACGAGCCCGGCGCGGAAUCGACUCAGCCGAGCUGAUCAUCGAGCCUAAGUCAGCGAUUAAGGAGAAUAGAACCCCCAAGGCAGAAGGCGCUGAUGUUUCGGAAACCAACGGGCCAUUUCACAUCAGACUCCAAGUUGCCGACACUCUUACAGCCGCUCACGCCUUGGUGACUGAGAAGGCGGAAUCGAAUCGCCCGGUAGAUCUAAGUAAUAAAGAGACGCGGGUUGCAGUUCUCAACAUGGCCUCACCUCUUACGCCGGGUGGUGGCUUCGUCAAUGGUGCCGGUAGUCAGGAGGAGUCAUUAUGUAUGCGGACUACGCUGCUGCCAUCUCUCAAAGACGAGUACUACCGUCUGCCAGAGCUCGGUGCUAUUUACACACCAGAUGUACUGGUUUUCCGAGAUGAAGAUGCGGACGACGUGUUGGAGAAAAGAGACCGAUGGUUCGUGGACUGCAUCAGCGCCGCCAUGUUGCGGAAUCCAGAAAUUGAGCGAGACGAGUACACUGGUUUCAGCCACUACGUUCAAGAAAAAGACAGACAGCUCAUCCUGGAAAAGAUGAAGAUUGUGCUGCGGAUAUGCCAGCUCAAGGGCAUCAAGAAGAUUGUGCUCGGUGCUUGGGGAUGUGGUGCCUACGGGAAUCCAGUCGCCGAAGUGGCCAAGGCGUGGAAGAAAGCGCUACUACCGAGGAACGACGGAAAAGGGAAAAAGAAAGGGAACAAAGAGACAUGGAGCGGGAUCGAAGAAGUCGUCUUCGCGAUCAAAGAUACCGGCAUGGCCGACGCCUUUCAAGAGGCUUUCGGGAAGGGCAUUGAGAGAGACGUAGAAGCCGAGGCGGAUGAAUCCGAUGAGGAGAUUGAUAUCGCUCAAAAGAACAAGGAGGAGCUUCAAGCAAGGAUUGCCGAGUUACAGCAGCGCAUCGAUGCCACACCAAACCCGCAAGUCAAGACGGGCCUCAACUCAAUUCUUGCUGGGUUGAUAAGCCAACUACCCGCUGAUUCGGGAAAAGAAACUGACGAAGAAGAGGAUGAAAGAGAGGGAACAGCGGACGACAGCGGCGAUAGUGACCCAGGUUCAGACGAGGCAUGA